AUGAAAAGUAAUAACAUCUCGAAUGAGAACCACCCACAAGAGCAACAAAUAUCUAACAAACUUCUCUUAACUUGUCGCCGCAUACAGCUCCAAACAGAUAACAAACAUCCCUUUCUUAAUCCAACCCAUGAUCCUCAUCUUUAUCCUGCUGAUACUGGAACUUCCAAUUUGGAGUCUGACUCUCCAGAGCCAGAGGUGAAAGCUGAAGAUAAUUUGGAGAAAACAGCUAAUCCUGCUUUUGAAGUUUGUCAAGAGAUUGUUGAUACAACUAAGAAGAUCCAAGAGGCUCCUCCUGAAAUCCAUUGUACUCUCAAGUCAGUCUCUGAAGAUGUUGAUAAGUUUCUUUUGAGUUUGUCAUCCUGGAAAGGCAGAAAGGAAACUUUCGUAAAAGAUAAUAUCGAUGGUGAUGAAAAAAGAGGAGAAAAUCAUGGAAAGGUGGUCGACGUAGAUGUUCCUGCAUUUGUUGAGAAGUUUUUGGAUCUUGUUGGAGAGCUUGUUGUAGAAUAUGAAUCCAAUGAAGGAAAGGGGAAGUGGGGAAAAGUGCAAGAGGACGGCUCGUUAUUACUUGACGCUGUAAAUCGGGUUUCAAAGCUAACAAAUAUCCUUCCAGAAUUCAUAUCUGAUCCAAAUACCUUGGUUAAUCGCAUUGGAGGGAUCUACCAACGAGCAAUGUCUUGCUUGGAAGAUGAAUUCAGGGUGCUUCUUGAAGAUUAUAAAAGCAACAAAGGGGCAGAUCAAAGCGAUCCUACGAAAGGGACGCAACAGAAUGAUGAUGCUGGCUGCAAUUUAGUCGAAUCUGACGACCAGCAGGUUACCGAGGAAGACAAUUUCGCGGGAUAUUCUGAGGAAGUUGUUGCAAAUUUGAAUAGGAUCGCCAAGGAAAUGAUCACAGGAGGAUACGAAUCUGAAUGCUGCCAAGCUUACAUGAUCACAAGGAGGCAUGCCUUGGAUGAAUGCUUGGAUAAGAUGAGGUUUGAGAAGAUGAGCGUUGAUGAGGUACAAAGGAUGACUUGGGAAGCACUGGAGAGCGAGAUCCCAGCUUGGAUCAAGACCUUCAAAGAUUGUUCAACCAUAUAUUUCGCCAAAGAACGAAAGCUUUCUGAGGCUGUUUUCUCCGAUUUCCCAUCAAUAUCUUCCUCCCUUUUCAGCAAUCUUAUUCGAGGUGUGAUGAUUAAGCUCCUUAUUUUCACUGAAGGUAUUGCAAUGACAAGACACUCUACGGAGAAGCUUUUUAAAUUUCUAGACAUGUACGAAACUUUGCGUGAUAGUAUUCCAGCAGUGGAUGCUUUAUUUCCCCAGGAAUCUGAAAAUGAACUUAAACCAGAAAUGAUAACAGCUAAGUGUAGGAUUGGAGAGGCCGCAAUUAGUAUAUUUUGUGAUUUGGAAAACUCCAUCAAGUCUGAUACAGGAAGAACAACAGUGCCUGGUGGUGCAGUUCAUCCUUUGACUCGCUACACGAUGAACUAUUUGAAGUAUGCAUGUGAAUACAACGCAACACUUGAGCAAGUGUUCAAGGAACAUUGGAAAAUAGAACAAGCUGACUCAACGAGUAGGCCACAUGAAGGAAAGACACAAGACUUCCACAGAAACAUUAACAAUAGAGAAGGCCAGUCACCAUUCUCAGUUCAACUGACGACAAUUAUGGAUUUACUAGACUCAAACUUGGAGGCUAAGUCGAAACUUUACAGAGAAAUCGCAUUGGGUAGCAUUUUCAUGAUGAACAAUGGACGCUACAUCUUACAGAAGAUAAAAGGCUCUAAGGAGAUCCACCAAGCAGUGGGAGACCCAUGGUGCCGCAAGAAAUCUUCGAAUCUUAGAAACUUCCACAAGAACUACCAGAGAGAGACAUGGGUUAAGCUUUUGAAUUGUUUAGGACACGAGGGUCUGCUAGUGCAUGGAAAAGUAGUGAAACCAGUGUUGAAAGAGAGAUUCAAGAGCUUUAACUCGUUGUUUGAUGAAAUCCACAAGACUCAAAGCUCUUGGGUGGUGAGCGAUGAGCAGCUUCAGUCUGAACUUAGAGUUUCUAUAACGGCGGUGGUGAUACCGGCAUACCGAUCAUUCUUAGGGAGGUUUUCUCAGUAUUUAGACCCCGGAAGGCAAACUGAGAAGUACAUAAAAUACCAGCCUGACGAUAUAGAGAAUUGUAUUGAUGAGCUUUUUGAUGGAAACCCUCUCUCUGGAGCCAAGAAGAAACAUAACAACCCAUAA